AUGACACAAACUUCCUUACCCUUCUCCGUCAGAUUCGUGGGCUUCAAUUACACAUCUAUGCGUCUUUGGAUGCAGUAUCAAGGGAUUGAGAGCGAGGACUUUGCAGCCCCAGAUGGCUCUGACAGCGCAAAUGGUCCCGUGUGGUUUGAAGGUUUUGCGCAGAGCCUCACUCUCUUCGUGUUGAGCUGGGUCAUCAGCUACUCCGUCAUUGGGUCCUUGUGA